CGCUCGCCGAAGCCCCUCAUGUCCUGUAGCUAGCUGAUCUCCCUCCGAAACUCUCUGCUCGCCCGCGGCCUGCUGGAAGCUUGGCGCGGUCCCGGCGGCGGCAUUCUCCGGCAAUGGGGUGCAAGGCGUGCGACAAGCCCAAGCCCAGCUACCGCAAGGGCCUGUGGUCGCCGGAGGAGGACCAGAAGCUCCGCGACUACAUCCUCCUCCACGGCCACGGCUGCUGGAGCGCGCUCCCCGCCAAAGCCGGGCUCCAGCGGAACGGCAAGAGCUGCAGGCUGCGGUGGAUCAACUACCUCCGGCCGGGCCUGAAGCACGGCACCUUCUCCCCGGAGGAGGAGGAGACGGUGAUGAGCCUCCACGCCACGCUCGGCAACAAGUGGUCUAGGAUCGCCAAACACCUGCCUGGCAGGACCGACAACGAGGUCAAGAACCACUGGAACUCGUACCUCAAGAAGAGGGUCGAGGGACCCAGCACGCCGCCGUCCAACUCAGACGACUCGCAUUGCGCCAAGCCCGGCCGGGGCGGAAGCACGGCGCGGGAGACGGGAGACGACCGCCCGGCGGACUACUCCGGCUCGUCGGAGCUGCGCGAGCCGUCGUCGUCGUCGUCGCCCGACACGAGCUGCCUGACGGGCCCGCCCAAGGUCAUGUUCGUGGACUGGCUCGACAUGGACUGCAUGGGUGGUGGUGGUGGCCCGCCGGGCGCGGCGGCAGCGGCAGCGGCACCUGGUCUGGGCGCUGCUGCGGGCGUGACCAGCACGGGCGAUGAUCAGGUGACGAUGGAUGGGUCGGCGUCCGGUCGUGCCGACGUGUCCCUGCACGGUACGUUCGGUGACAGCGGCGGCGCCGGCUGCUGGGAGUUCCACGAGAGCUUCGAUCAGAUGCAGGCGGCCGGCUUCUGCGACCUGCUCUCCUCCAUUGGCGAGUACUACUUCGGACUCGACUAGGCUCUCGGCCCUGGUUGGUGAUCGGUCGUUGCUCAAAGGAUUUGCGCGUUUUUUUUUAAAUUUGUUAGAAGUUUCGAUGGAUGGCUUUGUCUGUGCUUGUAAAUUGUUGUCGUGUACGGUAUAGAUAGAGCAAUUUUAAAGGCAGAUAAAAGUCAAGGACAGUGACGAGUC